GUUGUCCCCUGUACCUCCUGUGGAUGAAGCCACGACCCUGCUGGGUGCCUGCAAGAGGCUGUAGAUAGGAGCACAGCGCCCACCUCAAAGGGGACAGUCUGCCCUGCAGAGCGAAGCGAGGUUCACACAACUCAGAAGAAGAGUCACUCGGCAAGGUGGUGUUGGAGGCAGGCUUUGAACUCAGAACCCUGACCCACCCCAGCUGAGAGACCCAACCCACCUAUGCAGCUUGGGAGCUGAAUAUGGCUGUGUACACCAGGACUGUUGCUUUCAGAUGAGAUUUCACUGUGGAGGAACAUUCUGGAAUCUUUCUGGCUGGACAUGCAUACGGUUGUUAUUCCCUCAGAUCACAGGAGCUGUGAGGCAGAGGGCCCUGGAUGGGCACAGCUUGCUGACUGCUCUGGACCCUUGGUAGGAGCUGAGAGCUCUUUUGCCAGUGAGCCCAGUGCUCAGAGAGAAAGGCUAAAGUCCUCAAGAGGAUGUGGCUGCAGAACCUGCUUCUCCUGGGCACUGUGGUCUGCAGCUUCUCCGCACCCACUCGCCCAGCCAGCCCUGUCACCCGGCCCUGGCAGCAUGUGGAUGCCAUCAAGGAGGCCCUGAGCCUUCUGAACCACAGCAGUGACACUGCUGCUGUGAUGAAUGAAACAGUAGAAGUCGUCUCUGAAAUGUUUGACUCCCAGGAGCCGACAUGCCUGCAGACUCGCCUGAAGCUGUACAAGCAGGGCCUGCGGGGCAGCCUCACCAGUCUCUCGGGCUCCCUGACCAUGAUGGCCAGGCACUACGAGCAACACUGCCCCCCCACCCAGGAAACUUCCUGUGAAACCCAGACUAUCACCUUCAAAAGUUUCAAAGAGAACCUGAAGGAUUUCCUUUUUAUCAUUCCCUUUGACUGCUGGGAACCAGUCCAAAAGUGAAGCAGGCCAGACCAGCUGGAAGCCAGCCUGGGAGCUUACCUCACAGAUCGCUGCCCUCCUACCCACAAAGAGCCAAAGAAAACUCAGGAUCUUCACACUGGAGGGACCACAGGGAGGGCCAGAGCUAUAGGGGGACACUGACUUGUUCAGGGCCAUGUUGACCCUGGGGAAACGGGAAAUGUUUUACACUGGCAGGGAUCAGUAAU